AUGAUUCAGCUACUGUUUAUGGUUCUGUUCGCGGAGGGUGCGAUUGCAUUCUUGCUGCUGAUCAAGAUCGGUCCAUUGAGGGAGCUAGUGAUUAAAAGCCUUGAUCAGCUGAAGAUGGGGAAAGGUCCCGCCACUGUGAAAACCAUCGCCGGAACCAUGUCUGUGAUCCUCCUCUCCAAUUUCAUGAGCAUCGUCAAGAUCCAGAACAAAGGUGCUAAGCUCGGCACCAUGUCUCCCAUGGAUCAGGUCCUUUGGCGAACCCACUUGCUUGAAGCCUCUCUAAUGGGAGUUGUACUUUUUCUUGGCUUCAUAAUUGACAGAAUACACCACUACCUGAGAAAGCUAAUCAAUUUGAGAAGCAACGUUGGGUCAUCAAAAGAAGAGCUUGAACAGCUCCAGAGAGAGAGAACCGAGCUGAAGGAGAGAGAGGACAAGGCAUCCAAGGAAAUGAAGCAGCUGCAAGAAAAGCUGUCGUCUGUUUCAGAGAGGCUUAAGAAAGCAGAGAGCGAGUCGAAAGAGAAAGAGAAGAAGCUGGAGACCGCUGAAACCCAUGUGACUGCGCUCCAGAAGCAGUCUGCGGAGCUGCUUCUUGAGUAUGAUAGAUUGCUAGAAGACAACCAAAACCUCCAAAGCCAAAUCUUGGGGAAAACUAAAAAGUGA